AUGUAUACAUUACCAUUUUACUUUUACGAUCAAGACUACGUUUUUAAUAUAGAAAAGACAAGACAAUUGAUCAAUCAUAUCAUGGAUAAAUAUGUAAAGGUACAAAAACAAGAUCCAUCACCAGAACCAAAUGAAAUCAGAUUGCCAUAUACCAACCAAAUUACAAGUGCAAUUGAACAUGGAUUGAAUUUAUUAAAGAAUGACGAUAUGACACAAGUAUUUAUUAAAGCAGUUGGUUCAAGUUCCAUUUCAAGAGCUAUUUUGGCAACAGAGAUACUUAAAUAUCGUGUUGCUGGACUUCAUCAGAUAACAGAGAUUGGAACUGUUGGUGUCAUUACAGAAUACCUUCCCAAGGAGGAAGGAUUAGAUAACGUACAAAUAACAAAACAGACACCUUUUAUUCGAAUUACACUUUCCAAGACUCCACUAGAUAGCUCUAAUCCUGGCUAUCAAGCACCCAUACCCGAUUCACAAGUACAACCACGUCCAGCAGAUAUCAAUAUUAUUGGCGGUGGCGGUGGUGGCAGAGGAGGUGGUAGAGGUAGAGGUGGUUUUAGAGGUGGUAGAGGUCGUGGUAAUAACAGAGGUGGAAGAGGAAGAGGUAGAGGUGGUUUUAGAGGUGGAAGAGGUGGUAACUUCAGAGGUGGUUUUAAUCAAGAAGGUGGAUCAAAUACCAAUAACAACAACUAUACAAAUGAUCCAAUAGAAGGUGGUGAUCAACAACAACAUCAACAACCACAACAUCAACAACAACCUACAUAUCAACAACCACCACAACAACAACAACAACAACCAUUUGGAGAACAAGGUGGUCAAGAAUUCUUUGGUGGCAUGAAUGAAUUAGGUGGUAGAGGUAGAGGAGGCCGAGGCGGAUUCAGAGGAGGUAGAGGAAGAGGCCGAGGCGGAUUUAGAGGUGGCAGAGGUGGAGGAGGUGAAUUUAGAGGCGGAUUUAGAGGUGGCAGAGGUGGAGGAGCUGGAGGUGACGGAAGUGACGGAGAAUUCAGAGGCGGAUUUAGAGGUGGUAGAGGUGGAGGAGGUGAUGGAGAGUUUAGAGGUAGAGGAAGAGGAGGAUUCAGAGGUGGAAGUCCAUCAUCUGAUCCAUCUACACCAACCAUUUAA